AUGGCCCAGUCGCCUCCUCCGCAGAGCCUCCUGGGCCACUGGACCUUCCUCCAGGGCUGGGGCUGGGCGGGCCACUCGGACUCCACAUCUCCAGCCUCCUCCUCCUCCGACUCUUCCGGUUCGUGUCCCUGCGACGGCGCCCGCGGGCCCCCGCAACCCGGGCCCGCAGCCUGCAGCGCCCGCGCCGCCGAGACCGCCCCGACGGCGCCCAGACGUGGGCGGACCGGGCCGGCGGGCGGGCAGCGGCAGAGCGCUAGCGAGCGCGAGAAGCUGCGCAUGCGCACGCUCGCCCGCGCCCUGCACGAGCUGCGCCGCUUUCUGCCGCCGUCCGUGGCGCCCGCCGGCCAGAACCUGACCAAGAUCGAGACGCUGCGCCUGGCCAUCCGCUACAUCGGCCACCUGUCGGCCGUGCUGGGCCUCAGCGAGGAGAGCCUGCAGCGCCGGCGCCGACAGCGCAACGACCCCACGUCCCCUCGGGGCUGCCCGCUCUGCCCCGACGGCGGCCCCGCGCAGGCGCAAACGCAGGCGCUUGACCUGGGCCGGGGAUCCGUCGGCAGCGCCGGGGCGUGCUGGGGAUCCCCGCCCCGGUGCCAUGCGGCCCUAGCAGCACCGGAGCUCCUGGGGAGCCAGGUCCCCGACACAGAUCCCUGGGUGACACCCCGUUACUGCCCUGGGAUGCUGUCGCCCCUGUAUCCGUCCCGAGGGAGAGCGCCCGACGCAGCUCUUUGGACGUCGCCGCUAGCCUGUCCUGAGACACAGACAUCCCCGGAGCCCAGGAAUCCGGCGGUGCCCUGGACGCCACCCCCCGCGUCCUCGGAGCUGGCUGCUGUGUACCAGGGUGUCUCUGUAUCUCCAGAGUCCUGUCUGCCACUGGGAACUCCACCCCUCCUGCCCCACUCAGUCUGCCAGAGAUUCCAGCCUCAGACCCAGUGGGGGUGCUGGAGCCCCAGUGCAGAGGAGCUCCCCAGCUCUGAGGACCAGGAACCUGUCCCCACCUUCCAGCUCAGUGAAGCAAGCCUUCCCCAGAGCUCAGGCCUGCGGCUUAGUGGCUGCCCUGAACUUUGGCAAGAAGACUUGGAAGGGGCCAGCCUGGGCAUCUUCUACUAACAGCCUUGCCUGCCCUUUCCUGGCAGGAAUUAGGCCUUUAUUGUGGGUGCCCUCCUCAUUUGCAACUUCAGUGGUUUUCAGGCUUUCCUUUAGCCAAGGAUCCUGUUUUCUAAGCAAUGUCUUACUUGGAAGCAGUGUGUGAAACAGGUAUUGCAUAGCCUCCCUGGCUGGAGUGGAGCUGAGCAGUGUCCUCCAUCCUAGGCCUCCCCCAGAAUGGCCACCGCCCUGCAGAUCAGGGCUGCUUGACCACAAAGGGGCCUGGCUGACUAGUGGGUGAGUAGGUGUGUGGGGCAGCCCCAUUCUGUGUUUCUUGGUGACUUGGCCACAAGCU